AUGAAUAAUCAAACAAAGUAAAUAACUUUAACCAACAACAAAGACAAUAAACUACCUAAUCCCUCAACUUUAAUUGAUAAUCCUUACUCCAAAGCAUCUAACCAAUUUACAUUUUCAACUAAUGAAACUCAAUCAAAUCAAAUCUUCCAUAAAAACCUUAACAAAUCAUAUCGAAUCAAAAGAAAAACUAGAACUUUCACCUUAAAUGAAGAUUAAAAAAUUUUACACCUUGUUCUUAAUCUUGGGCCCAAGUUUAAAUAGAUUGCCAAAUUAAUCCCUGGAAAAUCUAUUAAUGCACUUAAAAAUAGAUAUUAUAGAGAUUUAAGAUAUAGAUGGGAUGAAGUCUUGGGAAAGUAUAUAAAUUAUUUAAAAUAAUAGAGAAUAUAUUUAUCUUAAUGAAAAGAAGGAAGAAUCAUAUUUCUAGAGUUUAGUCGCCAAUUCAUUUUUGCACCAAGACUUGUCUAAUAUUUUGAUCCCAAUGUUAUCUCAGAUAUAAAUAGUGAUAAAUUAAUGUUUGCAUUGA